UUUCCCUUCAAAAUUUGUACAAUCUUUGGCAAUUGUUUUCCUUUCCCCUUGAACCCUAAGAACGACGGUGAAGGGCGAUGAAGACCGUCAACGGAAGUGUCGUUUCUUCGAAGCCGAUCUCUAUCUCGAAAGCGGCGUCCACCCUUUCCUCCUUCCUCUCCGCCGACAAUGGCGCUUCAAAAGCGCUCUGUGCCUACCUGAGGCGCGCCUCCGACUCUUUCAACGAGUUAAAGCAGCUCCACAAGGAGCUGAAGUCUUCGUGUUCCGUUCGUAAGCACCUGCAUCACGGAUCUGAAGUUUCGAACGAGUUCGAGGCUGCCAUACACGACCAAUAUCGGGUCGAAGACGGCGACAAGAAUAAUUCCUCAGUCUCCGAGAAGAAGAAGCGGCCAGACCGUAAGGACCGAACUACGGAUAAGACGAGUCUUAGAGUUCAAUCUUAUAACGAGCAGAUUGGGAAAACACCAAUGGAAAACGGUGGGAAUGGUAAUUUGGAGGAUGUAACAGGAAAGAAAAAGGGCAGUGAGUUGAAGAUUGAAAUUGAGGAUAAACCAAGCGGAAAAGUUGAGAUGGACGUGGAAUCAAGUGAUAGAGAUAAGAGCGUUGUAGCAGUUGAGAAAAAGAGAAAAAGGCACAAGAAAAAGAGUGAGGAUAGACAUGAUGACAUUGAAGAUGAUGAACGUGAAUCUGGAGCCAGGCUAAAACAUGGUAAAUCGCAAAAUACUGAUAAUAAUUGCGAUGCUGAAGCUUCUGGUGAGUUUGUUGAGAACAAUGUAGCAAAUGGAAAAAGUAGAAAGAAGCUUGAGGACAAGAAGCGUUUGGAUGAUGUGAAGGAUCAAGUAAAGAGUGAAGAUCAGAGAAGAGGAGACGUCAAAGAGGGAAAAAGCACAAAUAAUGAUAAUGAUAAUGGAACAGAUCAUGUGGAUCUAUCGCCCAAGAAGAAGAAGAAGAGGAGAAGGGAAGAAGAUGAUGAUUUUCAAAAGAACAGUGGAGAAGCUAUGGUGAAAGAGGAAGUGCCAGUUUUGGAUAGCAAAGAGUUGAAAAGAAAAGAGAAGAAAAAGAGUAAGAAUAGAGAGUUAGGAGAAGAAGGGCGUGACGAUGGGUCAGAGGAGCAACAUAGUACGAAGAGAAGAAAAGGUUGAACUUUUAACAAUUUUGGUGGAUGAUUAUUUAUCAGAAGAUGAAGUCUUUGUAUUGGAAGAUUCCAUAGGCUCACAGUUUCAUGGAAAGUCUGUUAUAUCCAAAGCUUCUGUUUACAAAUUGCUACCAAUGGUAAUUGUUUGAUGGUUCAUACCAACCUCUAAUUUUGAUUGUUUUAUACCAAAGCAUUAUCCCUCAUUUAGGAAGCUAAUUUUGUGUUUAUUCUUGUGAAAAUUGGAAAUUAGGACUAUUUAAUUAAUGAAAGCUUAUUGAGUUCUUGAUUA